AUGGCCAACCGCGGCGUCACCUGGGACCCUUUGGUUCACACGAUCGCAGACCUUCAGGAGCAAGGGAGCAAGAAAAUGCCCAAGAUGUACAGAGACUACUUUAAUGAGGGCGCUAUGGAUUUGGUCACACUUCGAGAUAACGAAGCCGCGUACAAUCGUUACAAGAUUAGGCCGCGCAUUCUAGUAAACGUUGACAACAUUGACUUGUCUGGCGAGAUUUUCGGCAUCAAAACAGCUCUACCGCUUGGAUUCAGUCCCGCUGCCAUGCACAAGUUGGCGCACCCAGAAGGAGAGCUAGCAACAUCCCGCGCAGCCGCCAGCACCGGCAUUUGCAUGGCCUUGUCAUCUUACGCCACGGAAUCUAUCGAAAACGUUGCUGCACAGGGCAAAGGUAACCCAUAUGUUAUGCAGCUUUGCGUUUUGAGGGACCGUGCAAGUACUCUUCACAUCUUGAAGAGUGCAGAGCGUGCUGGAUGCAAAGCCAUAUUCUUGUCUGUCGACACACCACUGCUAGGCAGACGCUUAAAUGAGUAUCGCAACAAUUUUUCCCUUCCAGAAGAUAUGGAAUGGCCAAACCUGCAAUCUAGUGGCAGGGAUGAGCUUUCAGGGAGAGAAAACACAGACGCCGCGAGCAAGCACGAUUUUGACCCGUCACUUGACUGGAACACUGCUAUACCCUGGCUACGUCAGCACACAAAGCUGCAGCUCUGGCUCAAGGGAGUAUAUACAUCCGAGGACGUCAACCUUGCCGUAAAGUACGGUCUCGAUGGGGUGAUCGUAUCCAACCAUGGAGGCCGCCAGCUUGAUGGAGUCCCGGCCACAUUGGACGCUUUGCGAGAGUGUGCCAUUGCUGCGAAAGGCAGGAUUCCUGUCGCUGUAGACGGUGGUAUCCGACGCGGAACCGACAUCUUCAAGGCUCUUGCCAUGGGAGCUUCACAUUGCUUUGUUGGGCGGAUACCAAUCUGGGGAUUGGCUUACAACGGACAAGAGGGAGUUGAGCUGGCGCUCAAGAUACUCAUGUAUGAGUUCAAGAUUGCCAUGGCAUUGGCUGGCUGUCGAACUACAAAGGACAUUACAUAUAGCCAUCUUGCCUACCUUGAUUCGAAUGGAUUCCUGGCGAAGCUCUAG